AUGACCAACUCAUCUAUUUUAUUCUUUAAGAGAGAAUUUUCUUCAUCCCGAUCACCGAAGGGCUGGGCGGCGCUCAACAUAGCGGCCUCAACGCCGGUGGUGAACGCCUCUAGGCGUGCCAUUACUGAAUCCGACUCUAUAGCAACCAGCUCCUCAAUUUAA